AUGGAAGCAGAUUCAGAAGAAGAAGAAGAGGGAGAUUUGUUGGAGCAUCUGGCGUCUUUGUUCGUCGAAGAGCGGAGUGACGUAGACGAGGAGGAACACGAUUCUGAAAAACAGGAAGAAUUCGAAGAGCUACAGGACGAAAGAGAGAAAAAUCGCCAAUAUCAAACGAUUGAGGAUUUUAUAGCGCAGGAAAUUGCUGAAGAACGAAAUUUCAUUGAAAGAGCGCAACUUAAUUCCUCUGAAUCGGAGUCUGAAGAAGAGGUGUUGUAUGAACAAAGCGAUAGAUUGCAAACCGAAGAGCAAGAGGAGGAAGAACGAAAUAAUCAAAAUAGAGAAAGAGUAGCACAGCUUCGGGAGAUUGGAAACGAAGAUCGUCCAAGAGGAAAUCAGCAGAUUACAGUAGAUCAAGAAAAUAUGGAAAGAGAAGGAGCUGGUCGUCGUCGAGCUCAUCGUCAUCGGAUCAUCAUGCUUCCACCCGACGAGUCUGAUUCUGAAGAAGAAUCGGAACUUCAAGAGCCAGAGGAAAAACGAAUUCGCUUGGAAAAUGAGGACGAAAAAGAAAAUGAUGCAGCGAUCCAGCCAGAUGCCGAAAGAACCAUGAGCGACUCCGGCUUGAAAGCGAGAGAAUUCGUUCUAGAUAGGCCGGGUAACUUGUUUUUCCCCGCUCGCGAUGUAGCUCACUCUGAAAUUCUUGCUCUUAGCUCCGAGGAAAGAGAAAACGAGAAAAUGCCCCCUCACCAGCCAGAAAAGAUCAAUUCUCUCUCCGACUCGGAUGAAUCUGAUGUUGAAAUGAUGCACCCGCUUUUGGCUGCUGCUAAUCGACAGAACCAGGAGGUUCUCGAGGAGGACGAAGAAGUCCAUGAAGAGAUGGAACUAGAUUGGGAGCAACUCACUGAUGUUGAAGACGAUGACGAGUGGGAGGAUAUGGAUGACGAAGAUGAGGGAGAUGCCGACGAGAAUGCAUAUGAUGAAGGAGAAGAGGAGGAAAAUGAUGGCGACGAGGACGAAAUGGAUGAAGAAAGUGAAGAGGAAGAAGAAGAGGAGGAUCCUGAAGGGAGAGAGCGGAGCCGGAGGUGCUUAAGCAACGUUCUUAACUUUUCUGCGAUCUUGGAGAAUCAGAUGCGUUCGAUUCAAGAACGCUGCCAAGAGCUCGGCGAAAUUCUCCACCGCCCUGACUACGACUCCGACGAGAGCUACAGCGAAGACGAAAGUGAAGAUGAAAUUGUUGCGAAUCCAGAAUUCUCAACUUGA